CUCAGUGAUUUUUAUCUUCUUCAUCAAUUGUUGAAACCUUAGCUUCCCCUUCCCUUCAUUGAUCUGGCCGUCACAUGGCGGCGGAGGCGGCGGCUCUGAAUUUCAUACCGGAGGUGGUCCUGAAGAAGAGGAAGACUAAUGAACAGUGGGCAAUUAGAAGAAAACUCCAGCAGCAGGAGAGGGCUAAGCGUCUCAAAACCGGAACUUUUAUCAUAAAAAAGCCCGAGCAGUUCAUCCGAGAAAAUCGCGAUAAGGAAUUGGACCUAGUUCAAAUGAAGAGUAGGGGCAAGCUAAUUAGAGCAGCAUCAUUCACACUGGAAUCCAAUCUUCUAUUUGUCAUUCGCAUACAAGGAAAAAAUGACAUGCAUCCAAAAACCCGAAAGAUUCUGUAUUCUUUGAGAUUGAGGAAAAUACGCACUGGAGUUUUUGUCAAGGCCAGUGCAGGAAUGAUGGAAAUGUUACAAAAGGUGGAGCCGUAUGUAACUUAUGGAUAUCCCGAUGUGAAGAGUGUGAAGGACUUGAUUUACAAGAAAGGUGUGGUGAGAGUUGGCAAGGAGAGGAUUCCGUUGAUCGAUAACAAUAUUGUGGAACAGGUACGAGCGAGUAGUGAUAGUAUAUUUGUCAUUUUCCAAAUCUGUCCUAACAUGAUAAUUUGCUUGUUGCAGGAAUUGGGUAAACAUAACAUCAUAUGCAUAGAAGACAUUGUGAAUGAAGUUGUUAGUGUUGGUUCCCAUUUCAAGGCAGUCAAUAGUUUCCUCUGCCCCUUUGUGCUGAACAACCCGGAAAAGGCGUUGCAAGGAAAGAAGAAAAGGUUCGAAGAUGGAGGAGAUUCUGGAAAUAGGAAGGUUCAGAUAAAUGAGUUGAUCAGCAAGAUGAAUUAACAUAAGAAAUCUAGAUCUCAGCCCUCGGCUUCAAAGGCUGCACCGACCAGAACUUCCAAAAUUCUGACGGCCUUUACAGAGGAACACUUUGAACUCUCUUCGACACGCUCAUCUCCCAAUCCUCCUCCGCCAAGUUCUACAGAACGACGUUGGGCGAAAUCUUGAGAUGAAGUAGCAUAAGAAAAGUGGUGGUUGUUCUUGAACUUGGAACUGAUUUAAUUUUGAGCAUUUGUUUAUUUAUCUUGAUAAUCUCAUGGUUUGCCUCUGUUUGGCAAUUGGCAGCUAAUGAUUUUGUGUAAGUAAUAUAUUCGCGUUAUGUUUAAUUAAAUUGAGAAAUUGAUAGGCAGCAA